GGGGCGGGGCCAGGCCCUGGCAAGUGAGCGCCAUCACCUCCCAGCCACUGCUGCGCUGCAGACACAGGCCGCUUGCACCAUGAAGCGAUCCCUCCUGCCCUGGGCCCUGCUGCUGCUGGCGACAGCCACUGGCCCAGGCCCCCAGCCUACAGCAGGUGCCCUGGGGAGCUGCUCCCACAGAUGUGGGGACCGAAGCGGGCCAUGCUCCUGCCACCCGACCUGCUUUGGCCUGGGCAGCUGCUGCUUGGACAUACGGGACUUCUGCCUGGAGGUCUUGCCCUAUUCGGGCUCCAUGAUGGGCGGCAAGGAUUUGGUGGUGCAGCAUCUCAACUGGUCCAGCCCCAGUGACGGCGUGAUCUGCAGUUUUAAGGAGAGUGUCCAGACCCGAGGCUUAGUGGACUCCGCGGGACGAGUGCACUGCGUGUCACCCUUGCUCUACGAGACUGGCCGCAUCCCCUUCACGCUCUCCAUGGACAACGGCCGCUCCUUCCUGCGCUCAGGCACCUGGCUGGCUGUGCACCCCAGCAAAGUGUCGGAGUCAGAGAAGAGCCAGCUAGUGAACGAGACCCGCUGGCAGUACUACGGCACUGCCGGCACCCUUGGCAACCUCACCCUGACCUGGAACACCUCGGCUCUGCCUGCCAACUUCGUCACCAUUGAGCUGUGGGGCUAUGAGGAGACAGGGAAGCCAUACUCAGAGGAAUGGACAGCAACGUGGUCCUACCUGUACUCCCUGGCCACAAACAUCCACAACUCUGGCUAUUUCACCUUCACACCAAAACCUGCGCCCCGAAACUACCAGAGAUGGGAAGUGGGAGCCCUCCGCAUCAUCGACAGCAAACACCAUGCAGGGGAGAAGGACGUGCACGCGCUCUGGAGCAAUGAGCAUGCGCUGGCCUGGCAUCUGGGCGACGACUUCCGGGAGGACCCUGUGGCCUGGGCCCGCACUCAGUGCCUGGCCUGGGAGGAGCAGGAGGACCAGCUGCCCGACUUCCUAAAGGAGCUGCCCGACUGCCCCUGCACCCUGGCCCAGGCCCGGGCUGACUCUGGCCGCUUCCACACGGACUACGGCUGUGACAUCGAGCGCGGCAGCGUGUGUACCUACCACCCCGGGGCUGUGCACUGCGUUCGCUCCGUGCAAGCCAGCCCCCGAUACGGCUCAGGCCAGCAGUGCUGCUACACCGCGGCGGGCAUGCAGCUCCUGACGGCCGACUCCACCGGCGGCAGCACUCCAGACCGCGGCCACGACUGGGGCGCACCCCCAUACCGCAUGCCACCCCGCGUGCCCGGCCUCUCCCACUGGAUCUAUGAUGUCAUCAGCUUCUACCACUGCUGCCUCUGGGCGCCCGAGUGCUCCCGCUACAUGCAGCGGCGGCCCUCCAGUGACUGCCGCAGCUACCAGCCCCCGCGCCUGGCUUCCGCUUUUGGGGACCCACACUUUGUCACCUUUGAUGGCACCAACUACACAUUCAACGGACGUGGCGAGUAUGUGCUGCUGGAGGCUGUGCUGACUGACCUGAGGGUGCAGGCGCGGGCCCAGACCAGGACGACACCUGAGGGCUCUCAGGACCGAGGCACUGGGCUGACCGCUGUGGCUGUCCAGGAGGGCAACUCAGACGUGGUGGAGGUCCGGCUGGCCAGUAGGGACAGGGUCUUGCAGGUGCUGCUGAACCAGGAGGUGCUCAGCUUUGCAGAGCAGAGCUGGAUGGACCUAAAGGGCAUGUUCCUGUCAGCAGCUGCUGAGGACAGAGUAUCAGUCAUGCUGUCAUCGGGGGCUGGCCUAGAGGUCAAUGUCCAGGGUCCGUUCCUGAGUGUGACAGUCCUGCUGCCUGAGAAGUUCCUGACCCACACACGAGGCCUCCUGGGGACCCUCAAUGAUGAUCCUACAGAUGACUUCACCAUGCGCAGCGGCCGGGUCCUGCCUCCCAGCACCAGUUCCCGAGAGCUGUUCCAGUUUGGGGCUGACUGGGCCGUGGAGAACGCCUCCUCUCUGCUCACCUAUGACUCUGAGUUCCUGGUCACCAACUUCCUGCUCCGGCCCAAGCACGACUCCACUUUCCUACCCCUCUUCCCAGAGGAGAUCACCUCCGGCCCCAGCCAGGCAGCUGAGGUAGCCGAAUUGUGUGGGGAUAACAUGUUCUGCAGAUUCGACGUGGCAGCCACCGGGAGCACGAAUGUAGGCAAUGCCUCGCGGGUGGCCCACAUGCAGCAUUUGCUUCGUGCACAGAGUCUGCAGCCGGUGGUGUCCUGCGGCAGGCUGGCCCCACCCCUCAAUGGGCGCAAGGAGGGCAUGAGUUACCUGGCGGGCUCCACUGUCCACUUCCACUGCGACAACGGCUACAGCCUGGCCGGCGCAGAGGCCAGUACCUGCCGGGCUGAUGGCACAUGGUCCAGGCCCACACCUACGUGCCAGCCAGGACACCGGAGCUAUGCGGUGCUGCUGAGCAUCAUCUUUGGCAGCCUGGCGGUGGUGGCUCUGGUCGCACUCGUCUACGUGUUCCUACGUCACAGGAAGAGCGGCACGGCCACCUGGGGUUCGCAACCUUGAGGGGAGCAUGCUUGGCCAGCAGCACGAGACUCAUGGGGCCUCCCCGGGGCCAGAGACCAGCCUUCCAAACUCCCAAGAAUGUGCACCCCACACUACACCUGGGACCUGGACACCUGGGACCUGAGCCUUUAAUGCCUGUGGACCCGAGGCCUGGUGCCCUGCUCUGUCACCGAAGCCCCGGAUCUUGAGCUCUAACCGUGGAGUUCCAGAAGCUGACACCCAGCACUGUUCCCCAAAUAUGGUUCUAAUUCCCCAGGCCGGAGACUCCGUAUGCUUGAAUUCUGAGACCUGUCUCCCGAGCCUGAAUACUCCAGCACCUGCUAUUCAAAGGCCAGUACCUCAGAAUUCCCUGCCUACGACCCUGCUCCCCAGACCUAGGGCCCCAACACGGGAGCCCCAGGGCCAGGCUGCCUUGAUUCCCAGUCCCUGGGCCUGGCCUGAGACUGCAGGUGGCUCCAGCCUUCUGUGUGGAGAGUUACCCUCUAAACUCCAGGCUUGUAAUUCUGAGUGUUCUGGAACAUCUGAAACACCCCUCCCCACUGGAGGAGGAGAAAACAAGCCUGGUGCUUCUACCCUGGUGUCAUGAUGCUGGUGCUGUGCCUCGGUUCUGGGGAGUCCUAUGCGGUCCGCCUGGGUCCAGGGCUUUUGUUCACUGCCAGGUCACCUGGCACAGGUCUCUUCCCAGCCUCUGUCUCUCCAUCUGUAAAGUGGAGCUAGAACAAUGACCUUGUCUGGGAAGGGGAAGGGUCUCCAUGGAGUACCCAGGAGGAGGGGCGGGCCCGGCCUGCCGUCCCCCAGUGUAGGUGCCUGCCGCUUACCCCGCAGCGCGCUGGCAACCCGGCCCUGGGCCCCCCACGCUGCCCUGGCAUUGCCCCAGAGGCAGUCUGGUAGUGCUGCUCCAACCAGGUCCCGUGUUCCAGGUCCCUGGGCUCUUCGCCACGCGUGUCCAGAAGCCGGUGCAGAGCUCAGGCCUCCUGCCACUGCUGCCCUGUUUUUGGCCAGGGUGCUGAAUGGGGGCCUGGGGUGGGUAGGAUGGGGUCAGAUUUGCGUCACAGGUCACAGAUGGAGAAAGCGCUGGGGAGGGUGGAGUUGGAGGCUGAUGCCCCCUCAGCAGGGUGGGUGACUCAGACUGAGGGCUGGGCCAGGGACGGGGUUGACCACGAGAUCUGGAGUGGGUGGGAGGCUCUGAGAGGAGCCCUACACAGCGGCCUGCAGUGCCAAGAGUGGCCACAUGGAAGCAGCAGAGGAUAAGGACAGUGGAGACAGAGGCUCUGCUGGGACCCAGGCCGUCAGGAAGAGCACUCAGCCCCUGCCAUGCAGCUGGGCCAGCAGACUUGUGGUCACAACCUCAGGCAAGGUCCGUGCAGGCCACCUCUUCGUCUCCCCUCGUCUGGGAGGGCCUUGAGUCUUCCCCCCAGUCUCAGGUGGCACAGGUUACCCAAGGUGGCCCAGCCAGUGCUGACCACUUGGGCAAGAGCCCAGGCCACCCUGCCUCCUCAGCCUCACCUUUAGCAGAGGGUCCUGGGCAGAGGUCAGGGGCUGGGUGACAGCCUCAGAUCCCAUCUGGAGGGAUUCCUGGAGUAGGCACGCUGGGGCACGUUUGAAAGAUCAGAGCAGAGCCUGAGGUUGGGGGCCUCCUGGGGCGGCACCAAGGAGACUGGAGGAGGGGAAUGGGGCCAGUGCUCUUGUCCUUCCAGACCCCGUGCCCUGCCUCCCCACCUCUCUGGGCCUCCAGCUCAGGACGGGGCUGAGGGCCCGCCCCUUGGUCCCUGGGCAGGUGCUUUCCGCUUGGGGGAUGACAUAAGGCAGGGCUGGCCUCCCACCAGCCUGGGUCCACAGUGCCUCCUGAUGUGAACCAGACGGGGCCAGGCACAGGGUCAAUUUCCUCCCACGCGGCAGCCUGGACACAUGGGAGCAGGUGCACCAGGGCUCAGGAGAGCAGGGGCAGCUUCUCAGCAUCCAGACCAACAGGCCUCAAAGGACGAGUUGAAUUCUCAGAGAGGUGACUGGUCAGAGGGCUUUCCAGGCAGAGGGACAGGCUGAGAGGAAGGGACAUGCAGUCAGGUCCAAGGAGCAGUGGGGGUGGUGGCGGGGACAGAGCUGCUAGGCCUCACUCUAGGACAGGCCCUAGAGCUGCCCAGCCCUCCCCAGCAAGAGAAGGGAUCCACUGUGGCCCUGGCCCCAGACCUCAGACAAUCCCAGUGCCAGGGGCAGGCCAGGCUGGGAAGCCCCGACACCUGAUGGGUUUUCCCAGGGACUCCUAAGGAGUCUGGAGUGCUGCUGGGUGUGUGUGAGGGCCCAGGAUCCCCCAACCACACACAGACUCCCUAGAGGCACCAGAGAAGUGGUCUCCCCAAACCACAGCUCCAGGGAGUGAUGACACCAGAACCCAGCGGCCAGUCCCAUAUCCCUUGUACUAGUGGGGUUUGGGGACAGUAAUCCGGGGACAUCGUGCGAGAGCUAGGAAGCCAACCUGAGCCAGUGAGGCAGUCCCAGGAUCCUAGCUGCACCCCGGGUGAGGGGCAGGGGGCAGGAUGCCACAGCCAGGCUAGGUCCCCACCAAAGCAGGAGCCGUGCAGGCGCGUGGGGCCCAAGCCACAAAGCCACGGAGGCAGCAGCCCUGCCGCAGACUCCUCCACGGGCCUGAGGUGGGGAAGACCCACUUCUCCUCCAGCCUCCCACUUGGGUCUUCUGUUGACUGAAAAGUGGGAAGUGGCUGAUGGGGGAGGGACCAGUAUGGGAGCUGGAACCCCUCCUCCAACAGGCUGCUUCCUCCCGUAAGCCCCAGGUGAUGGAGUGCCCAUCCUGGGCCAAGCCUCUGCUGGGAGACCCCCAUCCCCAUGGUGCAUGGUUGGGAGGAGGGGGUGGUCAUCGUGGGAGCAGGAGCCCAGGGGGUGCCUCCUGGAGGAGUCUGGCUCCAGCCGAUUUCAAAGGACAAAAGCCACUAGGGAAGUGGGAUUGAGUAGGUACCUGCCAGGCAUUUAGCAGUCCCAGCUGCCCCAGGACCUCUUCUGAAAGUGCUGGGUUACAUUUUCCAGGCCCCCUUGGCCUUGGCGCAGUCACAUGACUGGUUUCUAGCAGAAAGGGGUGGGGCGCUUCUAGGGCCAGUCCAUAACACGCCACAGGCACCCCUCCAUGCCCUUCUCCGCUCCCACCGAUGCCCGCAUGGCUUUGGGAGCCGUGCCAACCUAGGUCCCCAGCAUGUGGAAGGAUCCCCAUGCCCCACCUUGUCACCCAUCCAGUGCCGCUGUGGGAAUAAUAAACUUCCCUGUGGUUAAGCCGUAA